AUGGUUGAGCGUCUCCGGAAGGUCAAAGAGCCUGGAGGCGCCGCACAUCAGAAGCGAAUCGACACCUUCUUCAAAGCACCGGCUCCGGUGUCUGCGUUGAGCGUGCAGGAGGUCGACGAUGAGAUUGGCGAGGAGCCAUGCAAAAAGGCAAGGCCAGUGGAGAUCGCCGAUGAUUCCCAGGAGCCUGCGCAGAAGAAGCUUCGAUCUCAAGAGCAGAUUACAGUGGAGGACUCCCAGGCCCCUACGCAGGACGACUCCCAGGCCCCCACUGUGCAGGACUCUCCA